CGGCGCCCGUACGUCCCGACGUCACAGGGACAGGACACAGAAGCCGGAUGCCGGCAUCGGCCGGAGGAGAUGGCCGGGGACGCUGCAGGGGACACAUCGUGGGAGCGCAGGGUAAGGUAAGUGAAGACAACAUGCCGGAGCAGUGCCGCAGGGUAAGCCCGAGUGUAGCUCGGGGUUACCGCUUUUGGUACUGAAAUGUUACCCCGAGCUACACUCGGGAAUACCGUCAAGGAGGUUAAUAGAAUAAUUGAGUUAUUAUAUUUAUAUUUGUUCUAGAUUGGGAAAAUCUGUGAAUAUACAUAUGAACAUAUAUCUUGGGUUUUUCCUUUACAUUCAAGCCACAUAUGAGAGUAAUUAGCU